CAAUAUCAUUGACUUUUGGAUUUCUGUUUAUUUUUCCCCCUCAAUUACUUAUAAUAAAUAAAUAUCUCACACUCUAUUGAGUAUUGAGAGCUGAUUCUCUCAGUGCAUCUGCUCUGGUAGAGUCGUAAUUUCUCCUACGCUCUGUGGAAAAACUCCAUGACAUUCACCUGAAGACAGAUACCGAAAGAGAAUAAAGGCAUAAGGUUUGGUAAAAGCUUGCUGUGCAAUUGCGAAUGUUCAGAAAAAGCUGAUGCCAAAUGUCAAUAAAAUUCUCAAAUUGAAUGAAGAAAUAUUGGUUUUCUUUUAGGUUACAUAUAGAUUUCUCAGCUACCUGGACACUCUCAAAUUGGCUUGGCUUUUGUUUUGUUUUGGGAGUUUUCUCUGUAUGCCUUCUUUACAUGUUAGCUGAUAUGGCUCUAUGAAAAUUUUGUUGGAAUAGAUAAUAAAAUCAGUUGGUUAGAAGACGGCAGCACAUAAUGUUUUUUCGCAAGAGCAACUCCUCGCAUGAUGGUGAGAGUGUUGAGCUGCAGAAGGAGCGCAAGUUGAAUGAGCUUAGGGCUUCUUUGGGGCCAUUGUCUGGCCGCAGCCUGCAAUACUGCACUGAUGCGUGUUUGAAGAGGUAUCUUGAAGCUCGUAAUUGGAAUGUCGAUAAAUCGAAAAAGAUGCUGGAGGAGACAUUAAGAUGGAGAUCGAGUUUUAAGCCUGAGGAAAUUCGUUGGCAUGAAGUUGCGAGUGAGGGCGAAACUGGGAAAGUUUACAGAGCAAACUUUCACGACCGUCAAGGAAGGUCUGUUCUAAUAUUAAGACCAGGAAUGCAGAACACGACAUCACUGGAUAACCAGAUGAAGCACCUGGUGUACUUGAUCGAGAAUGCCAUACUUAAUCUUCCGGAAGGUCAGGAACAGAUGUCGUGGCUCAUAGACUUCACGGGAUGGUCAAUAAGCAACAACGUCCCCAUCAAAUCUGCAAGAGACACCGUUAAUAUUCUCCAAAAUCACUACCCUGAGAGAUUAGCCAUCGCAUUUUUGUACAGCCCCCCGCGCAUAUUCGAAGCAUUUUGGAAGGUUGUGAAGUACUUUCUCGACCCAAAAACCUUCCAAAAGGUGAAAUUUGUGUACCCAAAGAAGGAAGAUAGUGUGGAGCUUAUGAAGUUGUAUUUUGACGUGGAUAAUCUCCCAACCGAAUUUGGAGGCAAGGCCAGAUUGCAGUAUGACCAUGUGGAGUUUUCUAGGCAGAUGGCAUUAGAUGAUGUGAAAUCGGCCAAGUUAUGGGGCUUGGACAAGCACCAGCCCAACGGGCUUGUUGGGCCCGAGGUUGCACCCGAGCCCGAAUCACUUGCUGCGUCUGUUGGUUGAGCUGUGCAAUCCGUGAAUGUAACGGUAUAAAUAAACAGAACAUGAUAUAGUUUUAUUUGGAAUCUAUCUUUUCGAAUAUCCUUGAAAGACUGAUGAAGGAAAAUUGUCCGGUACUUAUUGUGAAAGAAAACUGUUAGUCUCCCGUAUUAUUUCGUAAUUAUGAGAAAUGCUUACAAUCAGUUUGUGAAUUCUUAGCCAUUUUUUUUUUUUUUUGUUGUU